GUCAGCUACUCUGGCAGUUCAGGUUGUGGAGUCUUUAAGGACAGUCUUCAUCGCAGGAUCUUAGGCUACAUUGUAGCCUAUUCGGUGAAAAGGGCUCAGAUAAUUUCUCGAGACUUAAAAAAAGUCCUAUAGAAGCGAACUACUGUUCACCAUAGUCACGGAGCCGAAUUCUCAAUUUGGCAGGAGAAAGACGUUUGAACCUUGUUUUAAUUUUAAAGUUUCAGGACCUGUCAAUACAAUAAGCAACUAGAUUCCUGUUCUUUUAUCCUGCGGUUUAUGCGCCAUUUAGAAGAACGAACUGUUUCUGGAACUUGUCGUUGGAGCAUCUCCCGCCCCCUAGCCUGUACUCUAAAAUACCAGAAGGGGGUCCUCCACUUCCGAACUGCAGCACUGGAUGAAUACGGGAUUCAAGGUAGACUGAGGAAUCUGUAAUUUACAACCUGAACAGAACUUAUACGGCUUUUGAUCAUCUUCUUUUUGCCUUUAUUCAUCUGUUGUACCCUUUGCAGAACUGAGCUCAUCUCGUUCGCGUGUGCUUGACGCGCUUUGGAUUCAUUUUGUAAGGGAGAUUUAAUCUUUCUUCGAUCUACUCGAUCACCGAUUUGAAUCACGAAGCACAAUUCAAAGCUACCAGAGCUGUUAUUGGAAUAGCCGUGGACUCUUAUUGAUGCUUUAAGUAGGCCUAUAUACUUUGAAAAGUACAGCAUCUUCUCAAGGUAACGGAGCAGUCCAGACGGACAGGAAUUUGCGCUGAAGUUUGCAUGCCUAGUCCAUAUCGUCUCGAGUGAACGUAGCCAUCCACUCAGGGUAUCAGAAAAGGUCCGUGUGGUUGAAGUGCCAUGGCGAUGUCUACAACUCUUUGGAUACUCCUACUGGCUUUUAACAUCCAAGAGGGCCAUGGGCAGAUGGUACAGAUGGACUCCAUUAAGUCAGGCUUCGUCGGCUCUCAGGUGGAGCUGCGCUGCAUCUUCGUCAACAGUAACCCGCCGGUGAAGAUCUCCCAGGUCACCUGGCAGAAGUUCCUCAACGGCACCAAGCAGAACGUGGCCAUCGCCAACCCUGCCCUGGGAGUGUCUGUCCUGCCACCCUUCAAGGAGCGGGUCGCCUUUAAGCAGGCCGCCGUCCGCCACCGCACACCCUCUCUGGAGGACACCACCAUUGUGUUCAGCAGCCUGCGGCUGUCCGACGAGGCUGCAUACAUCUGCGAGUAUACCACCUUCCCUGCUGGCAACCGCGAGAACAUGGUCAACCUCACUGUGUUCGCUCGACCUGUGACACGUAUGACACUGACCACGCCUACCAUCGUGGCCCGAGCCCAGAAGCGAAAGAUGACAGUGGCCACCUGUCUGUCAGCCAAUGGCAAACCUCCGAGUGUGAUCAAGUGGGAGACGAGGUUGAAGGGAGAAGCCACCUUCCAGGAGACCCGGAACCCUAACGGCACUGUGACGGUGCGAAGCAACUAUGUGGUUGUGCCAAGCCGUGAGACCCACAAGCAGAAACUCACCUGCGUCGUCACUUACCGCAACGAGAGGAUCACAGACAGCGUGGUGCUGAACGUGCAGUAUGAACCAGAGGUGAAGAUUGAGGGCUUUGACGGGAACUGGUACCUGAACCGCCAGGAUGUCCAGCUGACCUGUAACGCUGAUGCCAACCCACCCGUUACCGUGUACCAGUGGAAACUUUUGAAUGGCUCCUUGCCCAACACUGUUGAGAUCAAGAACAACUCCCUAUUUUUCAAAGGGCCUGUGACCUACGACCUGGCUGGCACGUAUGUCUGUGACGCCACCAAUGGUAUAGGGACCCGUACUGGCAGCGUGGAAGUCAACAUCACAGAAUUCCCUAACAACCCACCACCUGGGGGCCGUGAGAUCCCGCAGGAGCAGCACAGUACUGGGGCCGCCAUCGGGGGCGCUGUGGGGGGAGUCGUCCUGUUGGGGGUGGCUGCCACCCUCCUCUUCGUAUUCCUGCGGCGUCGGCAGCGCACCUUCAAGGGUGACUACAGCACCAAGAAACAUGUGUUUGGGAAUGGCUAUAGCAAGGCCGGGGGCCUACCUGCCCAUCCUCCUAUACCCAAGAACCUCCAAUACCCAGACGACUCAGAUGACGAGAAGAAGCCUGCCCAGAUUAGUGGCCCAGGAGGCUUUGAGGCUAGCGAGCGCGAUUUUGAUGGAGAUGCAGAGGACCUGAAGAGGCCCUAUUUCACUGUGGAUGAAGGAGAGAGCCGAGAAUAUGACGAACGGACUCUCACUUUCCAGUAUGACCCUGAACCUGAAAUCGCUGAUGACAUGGUAUCCCAAACCGAUGGCUCAGUCAUAUCCAAGAAAGAGUGGUAUGUGUAGGGGAAUGCAACAAACCAAACAACCCCUUCCCCCCUACCCUCCUGCAUCCCCCCCCCCCCCCUUCACCACCAUGAUCAACCCUACCCUUCCAUUGUCUGCCCCCAACCCCACCCCACCCUCAACCCCAUCCCUCAGUUGCACAACCUAGCAUCUCCCAUCAGGGCCCAUUCAAAUAAUCUGUGUUAGCAAACACAGUGUCGAUUUAAAGAGCUUGCAACGUCAACUCAUCAACAAUACUUCAUGGUAUAUCGGAACUCCAUUAGAUGAAUCUUCAAACAAUACAAAAAAAUAUGUAUAAAAAAUAUUGGACUCAUGCCAAUCACCAUUGACUAAAGGCCAGGGAGCUGGCUACCUUAUCAAUACUGGUGUAUUUUGCUUUUGGUGAAUUUUUAUGUUACUGUAAAUGUAUUAAAUGUACAAAAAGAGACAAUAAGGAAUGGGGUAUUGCUAAGCACAUUUGUGAAAGUCCUACACUGGAUGUAUGAUACAGUUUUUGUAAUUCUCAUCAUUGCCUUGUGUGCUUAUGUUUUUUAUGAUCUACUUUUGUAUUGGUUCAAGGUAAUCAGAAACUAAAAAUAAAAUUCCUUGCGAUUCAUUAUUUUAGAAAAAGUGAUAUUUUUGCUGUAACAGCCCUUUUCUCUCUGCUUUUCUUUUACCAUCUACAUAUUGGCAAGACAUUCAUAUUGAACAUCAACAUAAGGCAUGUGUUGACUGAUACAGAAAAAUUAGCUGCCUUCCAAGACAUUGAAAUGCUCAAAACUCAGUGUGUAAUGCUCUUACACCAUGAGACCAGAUAUCAUACUCCAUACUCAUGGCAGUACCAACGGAUGACAUGCCAGAACAUGCUUCAAAUUUUCAAUCGCCACAUUUGUUUGGUGCCCAACAUUGAAUGACUGAUAUACCUUAGUAUGAGAGAGGAGGACUGUUGUCUUUAAGCAUUCGACGUCACUAUGUUCCACAUUCCCUUUUGGAUUCAAUUGGGGUGUGACACGUCCACUGUUUUCAACGUAACAUGUUAUGCUCUGACAUGCCAUUUCUGUCACUUAAACUUGAAAGAGUGUUCCUGUGUAAUCUGACCACUGAAAUGAAAUGUCUAAUUUUGUGUUGAGUGGACAUAAUUGUGUUUUCCCGUAAUAAUGGUUAUUUCUAGUAAGGUUACAUCAGAGAAAAAUUGCCUUUGGAAUUACUCUGAUGCUCAGUGGUGUGACUUUUGCCUGUUUAUGACUUUGGCUUCUCUUGGCUGUAAACAACUGGCCAAGUGUGCUUGGCAACACUGCACCAUCUAUUUAGAGUGUCUGAUGGACAUGGACAUUGGGGAAAUAUCAGUCUGUAUGUUUCUGCAUGCAGGAUUGUGAUUUGUAAAGAAAAGGGAAACGAUAUUGAAAGUGAUAUUUUGCGGAAGAUUGAAUUAUGGAAUUAGUCUGUAGUGGGGUUUUUUUUGCUCUCAGAGUAAUGUCUCAAUACAUUUGACUGCAACAACUAUUUUCAGGUUCAAAAAAAGAAGAAAAUAGAAUAAAACACAUGUUCUCCUUCCCCAAAAUGUUGGCAGCGGAAUCUACAGAUGGCAGUUUAAUCAUCCUUUAUAGAAGCAUUGUUUUGCUAGCUUUUAUAAACCACAAUAACGAAUGCCAGUGAAUGUGGUUCCUAUUUUUUGCCCAUAUAUUUGAAGUCUGCCACACAAAUGGCAGGCUUUGUUAUAAAGAAAAAUUAACCAUUGCAAAAUAUGAAAUAUAUAUAAAACUACAUCUGACACACUGACCAAUAUAGAUAUUAAGCCUUAUUUUAUGCAUGUGAUUUUGUGUGGGGGUGGAAGUGUGUGUGUGUGUACUGUUUUUCCUCAGUGUCAAGCCAGACCAUUGUGUAUGUGGGUUUGCAGCUCGGCAGAAAACACCAUGCCAAUGUUUAUAAAGUGGUGACGUUCAGGUUUUGUAAACUGGUGGACAACAAGGAUUUCAGGAUCAAAGACUAAAGUCUAACUUUAAACGUGCACGUUUAUCUACAGAUUCAUCAGCUGCAUUUUUCAUCCACAAUGCUUGUAUUUGUUCAGAAGAAUGUGGGUUAUAAACCACCACACAUGCAGUAUUUUACAAAAUGUGUAUUUUUUUUACAUAAUCACAUGAAAUGGAACUGGUACUUUAGUUUGUUCUUUAAUGGAUGCUUUUAUUUCUUUUACAUUUUCUAUGUCAUGAUUAUAACCGCAUACAACCAACAUUCUUUACCAAAAAAGGUAACGUAUGAUUAAUUGCUUUGAGAUUUUAUCAUUCAGUGCCUAUGAAAUUCUGGAGAUAUAAGGUUAGGUAAACAGUUGCUGCUCCCCUUGUCAUCCAAUACGCACAGUGUGCAUUGCCACUUAAGUGUUGCAUGGAUUGUACUGUAAUUCAUAAAAAAUACGGUAGAAAAAAACAACUUUUGACAAUUACCCAAGAAAAAUUAUAUUUAAUACAUUUUUCUCCAUUCUCCGUGAUUGUAAAAGUGACCUUUUUUUUAAUCAAAAAUAAUAACAAUUUGCCUAGGAAAUCUCUAGCACUUUUACUCUGUUAACAAAUUUAAAUAUCAUAUUUGGAAAGGACAAAUAGAGUUGCAGAUUGGGAAAUCUCUGUGAAAGCACAAACUGCUAACUUUGUAGUGAAAUAUUCAUAAUUUAGAUUUUGGUCAAGAAUUCAUGAACCCAAAUCCAACUGUGGACCAUGAGCAAGUCGUUAAUGUAACUAAGGUCAAUUCUAUUUUAUCAAAGCACAAAUGGAAAUACUCUUUGUGCUUUUAUAAAACCACUGCCAUACGUUCUUCUUGAAAACACAAAAACCGAGUUUGUAUUUUCCGGCUACACACUCUGGUUGGUGUAAACAUUGUAUCCAUAACGUGAUGAUGAUGUUCUCUUUUGUAUAACUGACCACAAUUCUAUUCCAUGCCCAUCUACUGUUGUAUACAGUAUGUCUGCUUCAGAGCUCAACAUUCCACUGUAAAUAAUGUACAUAAUGUUGAGAUUAUAGUUGGUUUUAUCUAGGGAUAACUGCAUAGGGACCCAGUUAAUGUGUAAUGGAUCUAUUUUGACUGCAAAGCUGAGAAUCACAAUGAUGGAUUGAUUGAUCGAUCUUACUAUUAUAAUCCACAUAAAUGCCACUCCAGUAGGUUUUGUUAUGCCAUCGAAGGCUUCAGUGUCAAACAAAGGGGUGUUACUUAUGUUGACUUUGUAUAUAGGAGGAAGAAAAAAAGAGAUCUUUUCUGUACGCAGCCAUGUGAAUGUACAUUUCUGAGGGUGUUACAAAUAUGAGAAAAUAUCUUGUUCACAUGUGAUGACCCAGUGAAGUAACUUGUAUUUGUUUUAAAGCAUUAAAUGAUUUCAAUAGUCAAGAAUGUUUUGUCCCCAAUCACUAAAUGGUUUACAUUGGUUUACAAUGGUUUACAUUUUAAAAUGUCUCUUAUGAAAUCUGGUCCAUAUUUGCAAUGCAUCUCAUACUGCAGAAUCAGGUAAUGGCAAAAUCCAAUUCCAAAUUCAACCACUGGUAAUGUAACCUAUAUGGUCUUCCUUGCAAUUAGUUUCAUUGUAAAUCAAAUGUUGAUGAUAUGUAUUCCAAAUUAUAUAUUGGUGAAGAUGUUUCUUAUGGUGCAGUUGCUUAUUUGGUAUGGUCAUGUUUUCUUAUAUUUAACUUCUUAGCCUUAUGGGUAAUUUAUUUUCACAUUAUGUGAGCCUUAAGUGUAAAACAUCACAUAUUUGUUUUGAAAUUAACUGGGUCCUUACUUCAUUAACGAGGAUGAUCACCAUAGAUGAUGGGAAUAGAUUGAAGGGCAUAGGGUUUCAACUCAACAACUUCAGAUAGAUCCCGAUAUUGUUAACCAUAUCGUAUACCUUGUAACUUUACAUUAAUCCAGAAGGUACACAUUGCAAGGUUAUGGGGAGAAAUAUCCUGUCUUAGCCAGAAAUACCCAUCCAAGAGUAGAGAACUGAAGGGCAGACAUCUGCUCCAUGUUCAUUAAAAACCUAUGAGUUCAUCUGCAGCUGUUGCUAUCCAUCCCAAAAAAAGAGCCCUCUGUCCAAGCGCAGCUUUGAUGACGUAUUGGGUUCUGAUAGCAUGGGUAGGGGGGUGGAGAGGGGAGUGGAUGUGUGUGUGUGGGGGGGGGGGGGGGACAUACAGUUUCUAACCCACUCGGUCCAUAGCAAUGUUGUCAAAUCUGUAAAACCAAAUUUGUAUGCACUAUUGUGUUUACAGUGCAAUCCUCUGUUUAAGCUGUGGUGUGAUCUCAGUAAGUAUUGUUCUUGUAAUUGAAAGGUACAGCUAUCUUACAUGUAUGGCGUAGCCUGUAACUAAAGGAGAUGUGAAUUGUUUUGUUACCAUGGUAUAUUUAAAGCAUAGUUCUUACAAAUUACAUUUUUUGGACAUAUAGAUUGUUGAUGGGUUUUAUCAAUAUAUGUUUAUUUUGCUUCUUAUACUUGCUUUAAAUGUGUACAGUUGAAGGUAUCAUGGAGCUCUCCAUAAUAAAAGAAAAUACACAACUUUA